UUAGCUCCAUUUUUCAGUGGCAUUAUUAGAGCACAAAUCAGCCUCCUUUUUCUUCCUAAGCCAAUUUUUUCUUAUCAUAACAUAGCAUAUAGCAUGGAACCUGUAGGAGUUUUCCCUGAUGGAGAAUGGGAUUUCUUUAGAAGAAUGUUUGCAGGUGAGGAGCAAGGUUACUCAAAUUUUGCUCUGCAAAAUGAUGAACUGAACAACAUUGGAACACAAUUUUGUUCUGCUCCUGAAACUGGUGAAAAUGAGCUCAUGUUUUAUUCUUUAGAUGCUCACAACUCAAACUAUUCACAGCACAUUUCUCAGGAAAAUAGUUACAGUAGCAAUUGCAGUGGUGACACUGUCUUCAACUAUUUUAGUUACCCUGACCAUAUGCUAGCAAACAAUUAUACUUGUGGUGCUGCAUCCAUGGAUUUUUGCAUGGAUGAGAAUUAUUUUGCAUCUUUUGUCCCAUCACUACUUGCUGACAUUGCAAUGGAAGAGAAUGUCAACAACUUGAGUGAGCAUGUGGGGAGUGAAAGAUUGGAGAAUUCUGCUGAUUACAGACAUCAAAUUCAGUUGCAGCUGAAAAGGAAGCUUGAUGUGCUAGAACCAGAGGUUCCUGCUAAUGAUAAAACAAACAACAGAGCUGAGAGUCAGAAGAAAAAACCUCGUCUUUCAAAAGAUGGCCAAGGUUGCAUGAAAAAUUCAAGGUCUAAGAAGAACCUGCAGAAACUUGCAAGCAAUGGAGAGGAGGCAGAAGAGACUACUACAGGAUCAAAUGGACAAAGCUCCUGUAGUAGCAUCACAGAGGAUGAUAAUGCUUCUAUGGAAAAUAGUGUAGGAGCUACUUCAAUUGGAAAGACGCGAGCCAGUAGGGGAUCAGCAACAGAUCCCCAGAGUCUCUAUGCAAGGAAAAGAAGAGAGAAAAUAAAUGAGCGACUGAGAAUCCUACAGAAUCUUGUCCCAAAUGGAACAAAGGUUGAUAUAAGUACAAUGCUUGAAGAGGCAGUGAAUUAUGUGAAAUUUUUGCAGGUUCAGAUCAAGCUUUUAAGCUCAGAUGAUAUGUGGAUGUAUGCUCCUCUUGCUUAUAAUGGACUUGACAUUGGGCUCAAUCUCAACCUGAACAGUUCUCCACCACUAUGAGUUUCAAGAAGCUAGCAGACUGCAACUACAAUCAAAGGAAAAACAAAGUCCUUGAAAAUAUAUAAAGAAAUUGAAUAAUAUGUAUAUGUAGUAGCUUUGUCUAAAAUGCACCACCAAAAAUAGAUGGUGUAUACAUGGACUAUUGCACCACGGCUUCUUUAGUUUCGCUUUGUAACUACGUGUAAUAGAGCUUAUAGCAUUUUGUAACCAUAAGUUCGAAACUCUAAUUUUAUAAAUUUGAUGUCA